CGGAGUCAGCGGGCUGCGUUUCUCCACUUAACUCCAACUCUCACCAAGCUUCCAUCUCUCUCUCUCUCUCUCUCUCUCUUAAAUGCUCUCCCUCUCUCACACAAACACACGCUUCUUCUUCUCUACAAACAAAACCCUAAUUUUCUACAAACAAUCGAUCAGAUCAAUCCACAGAGCAUUUCAGUUUCAAUUUCAAUUUCAAUUUCAAUUUCAAUCCCAAUUUUGAUCGGAAUUCAAUUCGCUAAUGACGUGCAAGAAACACCGCGCCGAUCUCAGCAGCACCGUCGGCGUCUGCGCCUCCUGCCUCCGUGACCGUCUCCUCGCCGUCGUCGCCGCCCAGUCCACAUCCAGGCACGGCUGCCGGAGAAUCGACACCGCGGCGGCGCCGCCCUUCCCGCGCUCUGUAUCGCCCUAUAUUUCCAGGAGGAAAUCAGACACCGCAGGCGACACGUGGCAGAUCGGCGGUCUGGGCCGCCGGUUCUACAGCACGCCCCAGGUAGGCCCAACCGGUUCGGUCUACCGGGUCGAAGUUAAGGAGAGGAGAACCGGCGCCGGCGGCGGGAGGCUGUCGUCGCUGUUCGGGAGGCUGUUCAGAUCGAAAUCGGGAAAGUUCGAUUUCGAUUCCGGCCCGAUCUCGGAGGAUCCUUGCUCCGAUUCGCCGCCGUCGUGGUUCUCGAGCUUAAUUCCCCGGCGACGGAAGAAGGCUGCCGCCGCGGAGGCGGCGGCGCUAUCGUUGGAGGCGCGGCGGAGGAGGCGGCGCCGGAAUCGCGACCGGGGAAUGUCGCCGGCGAGAUUCUCCGAGGAGGACGACGCGCAUUGCUACGGCGGCUCGAGCGGGUACUCUUCGGAGUCUUCGCAGGGUGGGUGGAAGCAGACUCCGCGGAGGACGCCGGCGGCACUCCGCCGCGGCGGCGCCGGAGGUAGGUCGACGGCGAGCGCCAAUUACGCUUCGAACUUGACAUUCUGUCUGAGCCCUCUGGUCAGGGCUAGUCCCAAUCAACGUCAGAAAGGAAUUCCGCCGGAUACGGCGGCGCCGGUGGAAUCUAGGGCGUCGCCGGCGGCGGCGGCUUUUUUUUGCAAGAACCGUUCCCGGAAACUCGCCGAUCUCGGAAGGUACAGCUAUUGAUAGAUUGACUUUUGACCACGUCAAUUUUUACCUGUGAAUUUACCGUUUACCCCCACCCCCUCAUUGUUACUAUCAUUGUAGAUGCACUUCCACCCAUUUUUCAAAUAGUAAUAAUAAUAAUAAGGAAAAAAUAUAUAUUAUAUUAUUUUUUAUAUAUUGGGGAUAUUUAGCUGUAACACAAUAGUAGUUGAGGUUUUAUAAAUGCCCUUUAUUUUCAUUCCUCUCUUUCCAUUAUUAUUAUUAUUAUUAUUUUUCUUCAUUAAUUAAUUAAUGGUCCAACAAUAUUUUUGAUGUAUGGGACCUUUUGGUAGCUUAAGGUGUUGGCCUCAAAUUUCAUUUAAUUUAAUGUCUUUGUAAUCUACAUGUUAUGUUAAGAGAUUAAGCCCAUAAUCAACCCUUUAUAAGAUAUUUAAUUCUUUAAUUUAUAUAUAUAUAUGAUUAUUUUGUAUUUAUAUUAUAAAAUAUAUAUGUAUAUAUGUACAUAUAUGUGUGUGAUUGAUUGUUGGAAUUUUGAGUGUGCUGCCAAAACAAUAUGAAAAGGCAGUGUUGCUUUAAAGGGUACUUUUGUAAUUUCAUGUGUGUAAGUGAAAAGAAAUCUGAUAGUUUAGUUGGAGCUGUCUUUUGCCUUUUUGUGCUUUGUAUCCUUUUGCCCAAAUACAACACUCACUAUGCAUCAUGCAAUUUUUUAGACUAA